GCUUCAGACUUCACAAAUCCAACAUGAUACAAUCAAGGCUUUCAGCUGCCUUUUUGUUUUUGUUGGGUUUGUCAUUUUGCCUGACAAUCCCCAUUCCCCUUGAAGACAGCCAUGAAUUCACAGAGAAAGACCUUCAGUUUGCAGAGCGUUAUCUCAGGACUCACUAUGAUCUCCGUCCGAAUCCUGCUGGGGUAAUGAAGAAAAGUGUCAAUACAAUGGCAUCAAAACUAAGAGAAAUGCAAGAGUUUUUUGGCUUGGAGGUGACAGGCAAAUUAGAUGUUGAAACAUACGAGCUGAUGCGGAAACCAAGAUGCGGUGUCCCAGAUGUGGGGGAAUAUAACUUUUUUCCUAGAAAACUCAAAUGGUCGAAAACUAAUUUGACAUACAGAAUUAUGAACUACACUUCAGAUUUGAGACGUGCUGAAGUAGACAGAGCUUUUAAGAAAGCAUUCAAAGUCUGGUCUGAUGUGACACCUCUUAACUUCACGAGAAUACGAAGUGGUAUAGCUGAUAUCAUGAUCUCCUUUGGCACUAAAGAGCAUGGUGACUUUUACCCCUUUGAUGGACCUUCUGGAUUACUGGCUCAUGCUUUCCCCCCUGGUCCAGACUAUGGAGGUGAUGCCCAUUUUGAUGAUGAUGAGGCUUGGUCAGAUGAUUCUAGAGGGUAUAACCUGUUUCUUGUUGCUGCCCAUGAAUUUGGUCAUUCAUUGGGACUUGAACACUCCAGAGACCCUGGAGCUCUGAUGUUUCCAAUUUACACAUACACUGGAAAAACUGGUUUUGUACUUCCUGAUGAUGAUGUGCAAGGAAUCCAAGAGCUCUAUGGUGCUGGAGACAAAGACCCCAACCCCAAACAUCCCAAAACACCAGAAAAAUGUGAUCCUGAUUUAUCACUUGAUGCAGUAACAGAACUUCGUGGGGAAAUGCUGGUCUUCAAGGACAGGUUUUUCUGGCGACUGCACCCUCAGAUGGUUGAGGCAGAACUGGUGUUACUUAAAUCAUUUUGGCCAGAGCUUCCAAAUAAAAUAGAUGCAGCUUAUGAAAACCCUGUCAAAGAUCUUGUGUACAUGUUUAAGGGAAAGAAAGUCUGGGCUUUGAAUGGCUACGACAUAGUUGAAGACUUUCCAAAAAAGAUAUAUGAAAUGGGGUUCCCAAAGGAAAUGAAAAGAAUAGAUGCAGCUGUCCAUAUUAAGGACACUGGCAAGACUCUUUUUUUUACUGGAAAUAAGUACUGGAGUUAUGAUGAAGAGGCGGAUGUUAUGGAUGCAGGCUACCCCAGGCUGAUAGAGGAUGAAUUUGCAGGAAUUGGUGAUAGAGUGGAUGCAGUCUAUCAAAGAAAUGAUUAUCUCUACUUCUUCAAUGGGCCUCUGCAGUUUGAAUACAGCAUCUGGAGCAGAAGAAUUGUCCGUGUCCUGCAUACUAACUCACUAUUUUGGUGCUAAUUGCAGUUGAGAGCCAUGUCAUAGGCUGCAGAGCAGCUAUAGUACAUGGAAAUAGAAAUAUGGUCAUAUAGAUUUAUUAGUGGACAGCAAGGUUCUGUGAACAAGCACUGCCUACCUACCACCAAAUGUAUACUGUAUAUAUGGAACUUCAUAGCUCUAUGUCAGUCUGAGACUGAUUAACUUAAUAGGAAAGAAGAAAAGAAAUUAUUAGCAUUUUAGGGGGGCAUUACAUAAUUAGAAGUUACAUCAUUUCAUAGGUAAUAUUAAAAUGAAAUGCUGGAUACAACCUACAUGAUCAUGAGCACUAAUAAUUCCCAGUAAUCUGAGCAUCUCCAGCAUCUUUCAAGGACCUCCUAGCAUUCUCCUAGAAAUAGAUGUAAUAAACUCAGGAGUGCCAAAUUUUCAAACAAAUCAUUCGGAUUUUUUAAUGAAAUUCCUGUUAAUGUACUGGGAAUCAGUUGUGUAAUGACUGAGUCAGGACCUUAUGGUGACACCCUAAGCUGGGUAACACCAGAAUGGAACACUGAAGUUAGAGAAUUCAAAGGUAUUUGAAUGUAUCCCCUUUUGAAUGGGAAUGUCCCCUUGGAAAUGGAUGUCUCUGCCAUGUCUGGAAUGAGCAGAAGUUAUAGAAGCAAUGAGGUGUUAUUCCAAAGUAGACAGAAAAGCAAGAGAAGGAAAUGUUCCCUCCAGAAUCAUCAGCUGGAAUGACACUGGGAAAACCAGACCAUAGCUGCAUCAACAAGGGAAUCACACAGAUUGAAACCUUGCACAAAGCUUUUCAGCUGCUGUAAACUGAAGGAGUUUAAGUCAAGUGACAUUUAUGGAGGCUUUAUGUGCCAGCAGAG